CAUGGUAUUGGUCAUUAGGAGAUUGUUUUACCAAACCGGAUCCGAUUUAAGAAUGCUCCAAGGCAACUAGAACCCAGCUGGUACCCUCACGACAGGUACAUCCAAGCAGGAAAUUCAGGUCAAUCAUAGUUCACUUCACACAAUGCAAUCCGAAUUUGUGGAAAAGAAACAGGGAGAGUCCCGCUCCAGUUCUGUGACACCGGAUUUGGCCUCUGAUAAGCCUGUGGGCAAUGAUCUGGAGGGCGGUCAGUAUUAUACAGGGUUUCUCAGACGUGCCACACAGGUACUUUCUCGGUGUGGAAUUGAAACUCAUGGCAUCGCCCCGGUACCAGCAGAGGAACGCAUAGAGACUCGAUGGUACCAAAUAUUCUUCGUAUGGUUUUCUGUUAAUAUGAAUAUCGGGACAUUCGGCAUUGGCACUGUGGGACCUGCAUUUUUUUCCCUGGGAGUUAAUGAUUCUAUCAUCAUCAUUGUCGUUGUUGACCUGGUGGUCUGCUUGUUGCCUGCGUUCUCUGCUGUUUUUGGGCCAAAGCUUGGCACGCGAGCUAUGGUACAGGCAAGGUUCUCAUGGGGGUAUUUUGGUGCCAUCAUACCGGCCGUCUUAAAUGUUUUCUCCUUGCAAGGCUUCCUUGUCCUGAACUGCAUCGUUGGUGGACAAGUGCUCGCAAGUCUGUCUUCUCACCUUGAUGAUACUCUUGGUAUUGUUAUCAUUGCUGUCAUAACUCUUGUGGUCACUUUCUGUGGAUACCGCAUCAUUCAUUGGUACGAAAGUAUCGCCUGGAUUCCAAAUGUGAUUGUUUUUAUCACCAUGCUGGCUGUCGGUUAUCCACAACUACGUGACAGCCAAUCAGCUCCUGUUUCUCAAGCAACUGUCGCUGAGGUUAUCUCUUUUUCGUCUAUCCUCACAGCUAGCAUUAUCAGCUGGUGUACCGUGACCCCCGACUAUGGUGUAUACCACAGCCCUGCUGCUUCUUCUGCGAGAAUUUUUCUUUACACGUAUAUCGCGUUUUUCACUUCUAAUGUGGCUUGCCACACCCUCGGUGCUGCGUUCGCAGCCGCAGCUCCCAACGUGCCUGUUUGGAAUGGAGGAUUUGACAACAGCUCUUCCGUCGGUGGCUUGUUAUACAGUGUGCUACUACCUACAGGCGCAUUUGGAAAAAUUCUGAUCACUCUGGUGGCUCUCAGUAUAGCCAGCGUUUGUGCACCAAACAUGUAUACGUUUAGCACCAGUUUCAUGACUAUCGCUCCGUGGUUUGCUGCAAUACCUAGAUGGAUAUAUAUUCUCAUCUCUGAAGCAGUUCUGAUACCAGUAGCCAUUAUUGGUGCCAAAAAGUUUUAUAACACUGUCGUUGACAUCCUCG